AUGGCCAAGAGUAAAGAUGCACGAGUCGCGGUGAUUUUGGAAUGUACCAGUUGUGUCCGAAACGGUGUUAAUAAGGUAUCAACGGGCAUUUCCAGAUAUAUUACUCAAAAGAACCGGCACAAUACGCCUAAUCCAUUAGAAUUGAAAAAAUUCUGUCCCUAUUGUUACAAACAUACGAUUCAUGGAGAGAUCAAAAAAUAA